CUGCAACUCCAAAAGCCAAUAUUCUUUUCCCUCCUCUCUUCCAAGCUUUAUAUAUGUGUUUGUUUGCUUCGAUUAUCUUCAUCUUUUGCGUUGUUUCCACAAACAUACACAAAUCCAGGAACCAAAAAUCAAAACCCCAUUUCCAUUUGGAAGCCAGCAACCAUGUCUCUCAGCCCUCCUCGUGUAAGAGUCAAUGGCAUCAGGAGCUACCGUCUCUACUGGUGUUUCCAGUGCCAGCGAACAGUCAGGAUUGCCGCUUCAAACCCAUCUGAGAUUUUCUGCCCCCGUUGUUCUGGCCAGUUCAUCCUUGAGCUCGAAGAGGCCAGGCCCAGAGUUGUUCUUGACUUCACAGGUCUAGAUCCCUCCCCGGAGGCCCGGUUGUUGGAAGCCCUUUCUCUCAUGCUUAACCCCCCAUUGCCUCGACGAUUUCAGGAUUCCGAUGAAGUUGGCGAUCCGCUCAGUCCUUGGGUUAUAUUCCGACCAACUAACCGUCGCCGUCGGACUAGAACCAUGUCUCCUCCGGAAAUUCGCAUGCCCUGGGCUGCUAACCCCAGGGACUACUUUCAUGGGUCAGGGCUGGAUGAGCUGAUUGAGGAGCUAACACAGAAUGACCGACCAGGUCCACCUCCGGCACCAACUUCAGCCAUUGAUGCCCUGCCAAAAGUGAGGAUCACAGAGGCCCAUUUGAAGAAUGACUCAAAUUGUCCUGUUUGCAAGGAGGGAUUUGGGAUUGGCGAGGAAGUAAGGGAGAUGCCGUGCAAGCAUGUCUACCAUUCUGACUGCAUUGUUCCCUGGUUGCGAAUUCACAAUUCUUGCCCAGUUUGCCGGCAUGAGCUGCAGCCUUCCUCUACCAAUGAUCAUCAUAAUGAAGAUGUCGAGGAUUCUCAUACAGAGGGCGCGCGCGAUAGGAACCGCCACCGCCGGAGGUGGAAUUGGUUCUUACCUUUUCAAUCAUCAGCAAACAGGAGAAGCCGUCACGAUCAUCCUUGGGAGACAUGACAGCAUUACCGCUAGAGUUAUCUUCAAAUCAAGUGGAUAUUUCGGGUCUCAGUUUCAGUUCUGGAUAUGGAAUUGCACCCUGAGAUAUGUCCUGGCAUUACUUUCUGAUAUAUGAAAUAUUUAAUCAGAGCUGAUACCUGUAAAAUUAUUUGGAAAACUAAACUAAAAGGAUCAUUAC